AUGGUCACGGCGAACGAACCAACCGCGCUCAAUCGAACUCUUGCAUUUAUCUACGACGUCCUUAUCGUUGGAGAUGGACAGAGUGGAAUGCAUGACGCAGCAGCAAUUGCACGAUUUUCUCAAGAGCGACCAGAUACCUUCAACCAGAUAAUGCAUCUAGGUGGAAAAUAUGAUGUAAACACUCUUACUAUCGGUCUCGGUCCAAAAGUAGUUUCGUCUCAUGGAAACGCUUGGGGCAAUGAUCAAGGUUUGGGAAUGGCCAAUAGUAAGUCGGAGAAACUAUUAGAUAAUGCACAGAGGAUACUGAAUUAUGUCGCAGAGAACAAAGAGUUACUAAGAGAAAGGUUUAUAUCGAAUGUUCCAUUGCAUGCUACUUUUGAGGCUGUUGAAAAACGGCUAGACCAAGGUAUAACUCCGGAUGAACCCUUUCUUGCACGUACUGUCCUCGGUGAAAUUGAUCGUUUGUACAUAAGUGAAACUAUUGCCAGUGCUUGCAAAUAA